GGCAAUACAGUUGGAAACGAGGCAGUUAGGCCCUGUGGCUCAAAAAACUUCGAAAUUUGGAAAUUAGAACUUACCAGCAAAAAAGGUCAAUAUGUAGGGAACAAAAAUGGCCGACAAACCGCGACUGAGUAGCAGCUUGAGAGCGUUUUCAGGUGUAGGCGUGCAUUCUGGAUUCCCGACUGCAGAUGAACUGAGAGAAGAGCUUGCGAAUAAAAGGAAGAACCGAGAUGCACGAGGGUCGUUGUCCUGGAGUGACAUAAAAAGGACAGCGCAUGAACAUUGUUCUGAUAAAGAUAAAAAGCUCGCAACAUCAUUGUUCAGGGAGCUCUUGGCUGCAUCAAGCAAGUUUGUUGGUGGCACUGACAUAUCACCAGGUGCAAGUGAGAGUGCAGCUAUAUUUCUAUUUCAGCAUUUCAAAAACAGUGAUGAUGUAAGUGCUGUGGACACUAAAAUACUGAAAGAUAGGUUUGGUCCCUUUCCUGCAACUAUAGCCACACAAUGUUGUAAAACUGUUCAAAAGAUACUUAAUCUUGUCCCAGAAGAUGCUUUUGCUCUGUCUAAAAGUGAGAGCAAUAAGGAGCAGAAAAGAUAUGGGCACAGCUUUAAAUUAGAUUUCAAAUAUGAAAAUGAUACAAAUUUUGAAGACACUGAUUCCGAAGCAGAAAAUGAUGUUGCAGAUAAAUUUAUGAAUCAAUUUAUGGAACAAUUGUCAUUAGAUCAAGUAAAACCCUUCAAUGAGAAUCCUCUAGUUGGCUCAAGUUCAACUAAUACCAGUUAUGAAGAUGAAACAUCUUGGUUGUUAAAUCAGUGCCAGCGGUAUUUUCCAAGCCAUGAUUCACCAGAAAAUAUGGCUUCAGCGUUAUAUGAUGUUCUCAUAUCAGACAAAAAUGAUGCAGAAAUUCAAAAUGAACUGUUUGAACUUGUUGGCUUUGAGGCAAUUGAUCUUAUUGGGCAACUUCUUAAACGCAGAAAAGAAAUAGCAACAGGUGAAGGAAAUGUGCAUAGGCCUCGUAAUGAUCGUAAAUGGAAGAAUGAAGCAAAAAGGCCUGCGGUGGCCUCUCAGGUUACUAUUCAGUCAGAGCAAGAGAAGCAGCUUCAGAAGCUACUUAGAAAAGAGGAGAAAAAGCAAAUGAAACUUGGGUUGGGACAGCAGUCAGAUCAGAGCCUGGCUGAAGAUAUUUCAACGACACCCCUGUUUUCAACGUCCAUCAACAGAGACACUCCGAAGCAGCAUUAUCCUUUCGUGUUUGAUUCUUUGGCUGAUAGAAAGCAAUCCAGUGCUUACGUUGGCGGAUCUAAGAUCCUUUUACCAGCUGAUAUUAUCAAGCAGACAACUCCAGAGUAUGAAGAAGUGUCAAUACCACCAACUCGCUCAAAGCCUCCCAAAAACACAGAUAAUUUUGUAAAGAUUGAGCAUCUUGAUGAGAUUGGUCGUUUGAUAUUCAAAAGUUUCAAGAAGCUGAACCGAAUACAGAGCAUUGUGUUUGACAUGGCCUACAACACAAACGAAAAUCUUUUGGUAGCUGCCCCAACUGGUGCUGGAAAAACCAACAUCGCGUUGCUAACUAUAGGUCACGAAAUAAAAAAUAAUAUAAAGGAGGGUGUUUUAAAAAAAGAUGAGUUCAAGAUUGUCUAUGUUGCUCCAAUGAAAGCACUGGCUGCUGAGAUGACAGAUAAUUUCAGUAAGAGGCUUGAACCUCUUGGAAUUUCAGUCAAGGAACUGACAGGAGACAUGCAGCUGACUAAGAAUGAAAUUCUCAGAACCCAGAUGUUGGUUACUACGCCUGAGAAAUGGGAUGUUGUGACGCGAAAGAGCACAGGAGAUGUUGCAUUAUCAAACCUGGUGAAACUGUUGAUUUUCGAUGAAGUCCAUUUGCUACACGACGAUCGAGGAUCUGUUAUAGAAACACUGGUGGCCAGGACUCUUAGACAGGUGGAGGCAACGCAAAGCAUGAUUCGAAUCAUUGGACUCUCAGCUACGCUGCCAAAUUACUUAGACGUGGCUAGGUUUCUUCAUGUCAAUCCACUCAAAGGAUUGUUUUUCUUCGAUGAGCGUUUCCGACCAGUUCCUUUAGGCCAGACAUUUGUUGGAAUCAAGGGCUCAAACUACAUGCAAACAAUGCAAAGGAUGGAUGAAGUAUGUUACGACAAAGUUCUAGAUAAUGUUGAGCAGGGACAUCAGGUUAUGGUGUUUGUCCAUGCAAGAAAUGCGACAGUAAAAACUGCACUUCAGUUCCGGGAAAUUGCAAGGAAUAGAGGAGAUAUAAGUGUGUUUCUUCCGGAGCAAAACGCUUCUUAUGGUGGCUACGAGAAGCAAGUGAUGGCAUCACGUAACAAGCAGCUUCGAGAGCUAUUUCCUGAUGGGUUUAGCAUCCAUCAUGCUGGAAUGCUCCGGCGGGAUCGAAAUCUGGUCCAAAAUUUGUUCUCUAAAGGUGUCAUCAAAGUGCUGGUGUGUACUGCAACUCUUGCUUGGGGUGUCAAUCUACCCGCCCAUGCCGUCAUCAUCAAGGGUACAGAGAUCUAUGAUGCCAAAAAAGGUUCGUUUGUUGAUGUUGGUAUACUCGAUGUAAUGCAGAUAUUUGGUCGUGCAGGGCGACCUCAGUUUGAUACCGAGGGUCAAGGAUACAUCAUUACAAAACACGAGAAACUUUCACAUUACCUCACGCUGCUAACGAGGCAAACGCCAAUCGAAAGCCAGUUUGUUCAGAGCUUAACUGACAAUCUUAAUGCUGAGAUAUCCCUUGGAACUGUGACAAACGUAGAUGAGGCUGUGCAGUGGCUUAGUUAUACUUAUCUUUACGUCCGCAUGCACCUCAAUUCAUUGGCCUAUGGAAUAACGUACAAAGACAAGCAGGAAGAUCCGUUGCUACAUCAACAUCGUACAGAAUUGAUAAAAGCAAAAGCAAAAUUGCUUGAUAAAGCCAAAAUGAUAAGAUACGAGGAACACACUGGCUACUUGUACCCGACAGAUCUUGGCAGAGUCGCGAGUAAUUAUUACAUUAAAUAUGACACAGUUGAAGUUAUCAAUGAAUUGUUUAAGGCUUACAUCACGGAAGCUGAUAUUUUCGCUAUGGUUUCCCAUUCACAAGAGUUCCAACAAGUAAAGGUUCGCGAGGAAGAAAUCCCAGAGCUGGAAAGGCUGCUGUCGGAAUGCUGGUUAGGCCCUGUCAAAGGUGGAAUUGAAAACGAGUAUGGCAAAGUUAACGUGCUCCUCCAGUCUUACAUUUCAAAGUCAUCCGUUGAGAGUUUUUCUCUUGUCUCGGAUAUGUCAUACAUUGCACAGAACUGUACCCGAAUCUGCAGAGCUUUGUUCGAGAUGGCCCUUAAGAAAGGCUGGCCUGCUAUGACACACAAAUUGCUGAAGCUCAGCAAGGUGGUUGAUAAACAGAUUUGGGACUUUGAGCAUCCGCUUCGUCAAUUCGAGGGAAUGACGUUUGAGAUUUUGCAGAAACUUGAAGCGAAGAAAUUAACAAUUGAUCGAAUGAGGGACAUGGACGCAAAAGAAAUCGGACUUCUUGUUCAUCAUGUUAAAAUGGGUGGAAAGAUCAAGGCAAUGGUGAACCAGUUCCCUACGGUAUCAAUUGGCUCUAAUAUUCAACCUAUAACUAGGACAGUACUCCGUGUAAGGCUCAUGAUUGUAGCGGAUUUCGUAUGGAACGACAAGGUACACGGAACAGUGCACGAACCAUGGUGGAUUUGGGUGGAGGAUCCUGAUAAUGAUCAUAUUUAUCAUUCAGAGUAUUUCAUGCUAAUGAGAGAUCAAGUGAAGUCAAAAGAGCCCCAAUACUUAGUAUUCACAAUUCCGAUAUUUGAGCCGCUGCCAACCCAGUACUUCAUACGAAUGGUUUCUGAUAGAUGGCUAGGCGCUGAGGCUGUUUGCGCUGUGAGUUUUAAGCACCUGAUUCUUCCGGAAAAGCAUCCACCCCACACAGAAUUGCUGCCUCUUCAUCCAUUGCCAGUUACUGUGCUUAAGGAUCCCCAGCUAGAAAUGCUAUAUAAAUUCAGUCACUUCAAUCCAGUGCAGACGCAGAUAUUCCAUACGAUGUAUUACACAGAUCACAAUGUCCUUCUUGGUGCUCCUACGGGUAGUGGCAAAACUGUAGCUGCAGAGCUAGCCAUGUUCAGGACUUUUAGAGAAUACCCUGGUACAAAGGCAGUAUAUAUUGCUCCAUUAAAAGCUCUUGUAAAGGAAAGAAUAGAUGACUGGAAAAAGCGGCUAGAAAAAAAGCUUGGGAAAAAGGUUGUAGAACUCACGGGUGACGUCACACCAGACACAAGAGCUAUUGCUAAUGCCGAUGUAAUCGUCACAACCCCAGAGAAGUGGGACGGAGUGAGUCGUAGCUGGCAGACUCGUAGCUAUGUCAAAGGCGUCUCACUACUUGUCAUUGAUGAAAUCCACUUGCUGGGCGAUGAGCGUGGUCCUGUCUUGGAAGUCAUUGUUUCCAGAACCAACUUCAUUGCAUCGCAUACGUCUAAAAAAAUGCGUAUAGUGGGUUUGUCAACAGCACUUGCAAACGCCAGAGAUCUAGCAGAUUGGCUUGGUAUUGAAAAUGUUGGUCUUUUCAAUUUCCGUCCAUCGGUACGGCCUGUGCCCCUUCAAGUGCACAUCGCUGGGUUUCCUGGCAAGCACUACUGCCCUCGUAUGGCAACAAUGAACAAACCGGCCUUCAAAGCGAUCAAGACACAUUCUCCCGAUAAACCAGUUUUGAUUUUUGUGUCCUCAAGAAGACAGACGAGGCUGACUGCAUUGGACCUGAUUGCCUAUCUAGCUGGCGAUGACAAUCCAAAACAGUGGCUUCACAUGGCAGAGGAAGAGAUGAUGAACUUAGUAAGCUGUGUUCGUGAUCAGAACCUCAAGCUAACAUUGUCAUUUGGAAUUGGGUUACAUCAUGCUGGUCUCCAUGAAAAGGACAGGGCAAUUUCCGAAGAGCUGUUUGAAAACCAAAAAAUCCAGGUUCUUGUUGCAACAAGUACCUUGGCAUGGGGUGUCAAUUUUCCUGCACAUCUUGUGAUAGUAAAAGGCACCGAAUUCUUCGAUGGCAAAACGCACCGCUAUGUUGAUUUCCCAAUUACAGAUGUUCUUCAAAUGAUUGGAAGAGCAGGAAGACCCCAGUUUGAUGAUCAGGGAAUCGCUUCCAUUUUUGUCCAAGAAGAGAAAAAGCAUUUUUACAAAAAGUUUUUGUAUGAGCCGUUUCCUGUUGAGUCGAGUUUGGUAGAUGUCCUUGCUGACCACUUGAACGCCGAGGUCGUUGCUGGGACAAUAACAUCAAAGCAAGAUGCAAUGGACUAUCUCACGUGGACCUACUUCUUCAGACGGCUUAUGAUGAAUCCCACGUACUACACCCUGGUUGAUACGUCACAAGGCGCCAUCAACGAAUAUCUGUCCAAUUUAGUGCAAACAUCUACCUGCGAAUUAGCGAGGUCUUUCUGCAUUGAAGUCGCAGAGGAUGAAAGAACCAUUGAAACAACAACACUUGGAAGAAUUUCCUCUUACUAUUAUUUGUCACAUGAAACGUUGCGGCUGUUCAGGUCAAGACUUGCACCUUCAAAUACUGUCGAAGAAUUACUGAAAGUAUUGUCCGAUGCUUUAGAAUAUACGAAUUUACCUGUGAGACACAAUGAAGAUCAAUUGAAUCGUGAUCUUGCAGCCAAAGUACCAUUGCCUGUGGACGAAUAUUCAUUGGAUAGCCCUCACACGAAAACCCAUUUACUGUUUCAAGCUCAUUUCUCGCGAAUACCGCUCCCAAUCGCUGAUUACCUUACCGACACGAAAUCUGUGCUUGAUCAAGCCAUUCGAAUCUUACAGGCAAUGAUCGAUGUUUCUGCUGACCAAGGCUGGCUUGCCAAUGUGUUGCAUAUAAUAACAAUCAUUCAAAUGGUGAACCAAGGCAGAUGGCACACCGAUUGCCCGCUCUUGCAGUUACCCGCCAUUGACCAGGACCUGUUGGAUCGAUUCAAAAUCAGAACCAAAAAUGGAGGACCGCCAGUGCUAAUCGAUGGAAUACCUGAACUAUGGAUCGUGUGA